CUCAUUAUCUUUGUUGCUUAAAGCUUGUCCUCCUCUCUUAUCCCAUCUCCCUCUCUCUCUCUCUCUCUCUCUUCUUUCUCUCUCUUCCAUUGUUGAAGCAAGAAACACAUAGAAUGUGAGAGGAAUUACAGGCCACCAUCCCAAAAGAGAGAAGAAAGAAUCAAGCUAGCAUUCCUCUUUUUUUUUACACACACACACAUAUAUAUUUACUUCUUAAAUCAAACACAUAGAGUCAUAGAGUCACACACAUACAUUAAAUUAAAUUAAGCUAGCUCUAUUCCUACAUAUUCAAAAAAAUAUAGAAAAAGGAAGGUUUUUUAAGAAGUGGGGUUUUAUUUAUAUCCAUUUUUGGUAGUAUAUUUAAAUGUGAUCAUGGAAGGAGGUGAUGAUCAUCUCCACCUCCACCACCACCAACACCACCACCACCACAACCACCACAACAGCCGUCCCAAUUUCCCCUUCCAAUUACUCGAAAAAAAGGAAGACGAAUCCACGAGCUCCUCCUACCCCUCCCUCGCCAUCUCCACCGCCGACGCCUCAAACCCUAAUAAUCACAACUCCUCCAGCUCCGCCUCCGCCUCCGCGGGCAGCCUCCAGAUCGUCACCGCCGCCGCGGCAGCGGAGGCCUCGAAGAAGCCGCCGCCGAAGCGGACGUCCACCAAGGACCGGCACACGAAGGUGGACGGCCGCGGGCGGCGCAUCCGCAUGCCGGCCCUGUGCGCCGCUAGGGUUUUCCAGCUGACGCGCGAGCUCGGGCACAAGUCCGACGGCGAGACGAUCGAGUGGCUCCUCCAGCAGGCGGAGCCCGCCGUCAUCGCCGCGACGGGCACCGGCACAAUCCCCGCCAACUUCACCUCGCUCAACAUCUCCCUCCGCAGCUCCGGCUCAAGCAUGUCGGUGCCCUCGCAGCUGAGAUCCACCUACUUCAACCCUAGCUACGCCAUGUCGUCGCAGCGCCGCGGGGCGAUGUUCGGGCUGUCGUCGGAGAGCUCCUCCGCCACGCUCCUCAACUUCCAGGCCUCCAACUUAAACCCUAGCUUGAUGCAGGCGAAGCAGGAGAUGCGUGAGAAUUCCUUGGAUUUGUCCGAAUCCGCCGAUCAAGACGGCCUAGGGCGGAAGAGGAGAGCGGAGCACGAGCUUCAGCAACACCAGCUCGGGAGCUACUUGCUCCAAUCCAGCACCGGCGCCAUGGCAUCCAGCCACGCCUCCAUCCCGGCCAAUUUCUGGAUGGUGGCGAAUUCGAAUAGCAACCACCAGGUGAUGGGCGGGGAUCCGAUAUGGACGUUCCCGAACAUCAACAGCAACGCCGCCGCCGCCGCGGCCUUGUACAGAGGGAGCGUCUCCAGCGGCCUGCAUUUCAUGAAUUUUCCCGCGCCCAUCGCGCUGCUGCCGAGCCAGCAAUUAGGCAGCGGCGGCGGCGGCGGGGGCGGAGGCAAUGGGAUGGGGGAAGGGCAAUUGGGCAUGCUCGCGGGGUUGAAUCAGUACCGCGGAGGAGGCGGCGCCGGGAUGUCGGAUUCGCAGGCGAGUGGGUCCCACGGCGGCGGCGAUGAUCGGCAUGACGCCACCAGCCACCACUCAUGAAGCCAUGGUGUUUGUGUAGUUUGAUGUGUAAAACACACACGUGAGAGGUUUGAUUAAUUUUUUUUGUCUUCAAAAUUCUUCAUGAGCUAUCUUUUUUUUUUUUUUUGGUUUGUUUUUUUUUCUCUCUUUUUCUUUUUGAUUUGGUACUAAUUUUUUUUUUCCAAGUGGUGUGCGAUAAAUAUGGAGGAUUUAGGGUUUGGGGAAGGCGAUGUUUUUAACGGUUGAUUUUGUGAAGUAGUCACAUUUGAUUUUGCUCCCUUUUUUCCCUUCUGUCGCACGAUAUUUCAUCACUAUAUAUGGUUAAUUUGAUUAUCCUUACAAAGAGAAA